AUGAACAAAGUUUUGAAAUCUCAUAAACACAACAUCUCCGAUAUAAAUGAACUUCAAGCUACAUUAGACAGUAAAGCCGACAAGAACCAUACAAACGAAUCCUUCACUACUGUUAGAGCAGACGACAUAAUAUUGAACUUUGACCUUGGUUCAAGUGCACCUUUAGAGAAUCCAAGUACAAGCGUAAAAGAUACACUAAACUCCUUAAAUAACAAAUGUAUGAACAUUGAAGGUCAUGCCAGAAACUUUGAAGCACAUGAACUACCAACAAUGUUAGAUAAGAAAGCAGACAAAACUUAUGUGGAUGCAGAACUAACAAAGAAAUUUUCGAAACCAGAUACAAUGACAUUUACAACAGAAAUUAUAAAUGGUGAACCAGCAACUCCAUUUGAAUUUGUUAGAGGUCUUCAACCAGAUACUUUUGAAUUUUUCUUGGAUAAUUCUAUUGAACUAACAUUACAUUAUAAAAGUGGAACAAAUGCAACAUUUCAUCCGGGAGAUACAUUCCAAAUGGUAUUUAAUGACAUAAGUUCUUUAGAAUAUGUUUAUAGAGUUAUGAGCAUAUAUGAUUUAAUAUAUCCUAUAGGAGCUGUUUAUACGUCUAUGAAUCCAAUAAAUCCAAACACUUUAUUUGGUGGUAGAUGGUAUGAAAUAGUUGACAGUUUUCCAUUCUACACUAAUACGCAGUCAAUGAAGAUGGGGGGUUCAAAGAAAAUAGGUAUUGAAAACCUUCCUUCACAUAUGCAUAGGUUCAGUGGAAGAACAUCUGUGGAAGGAAACCAUUCACAUUCAAUAACAAAAAGAGGUUAUAUAAAUCUUGCAGCGGGUUCGAAUAGACAGGGAAUGAACAGAUAUGAUAUCACAACUGACCCCAAAGAUGUUAGCACAGGUAUUUUCUGUGGAACUGCAGGAAAUCAUACACAUGUUGUAGCUGGUAUUACAGACCCGGCAGGUAAUGGAAAAGAUUAUAUGCCUCCUUAUAUAACAAUGCACGCUUGGAUACGAGUUGGUUAA